AUGAGUUCCAGUCGUGAGCAGAUGUCAGUACAAAAAAGGAACAGUGGACACGGUCAGCCUACUUCGGAAUCCAACACUAGCGGUAUAUCCUUUGUUCCUCAAUUCAUGCCGCCGUUCACGCCUGAGUUACUCGGUGCAAUGCAGACCCUACCGAACUUGCAGAUAAGCCUGGGGGAAAUAACAAAAUCUUUAAAGGCAAUUAAAGGCCUAACACAAGAUAUAAGUAAUAUAAGGAAAGAUCUAUGGGAAGAAGAUGGAUUUGAUUUUCGUAUAUGUCAUGUUGCUCAACAACAGGAAGAGAACAUUGACAAUAUCCAGAUGCUUCAGCAGGAAAACAAAAUGUUAAGAGAAGAUGUCAACAUGUUAAAAUCAGUUGUCAUUAAUUUAGACAGAACAGUCAGAAAACAGCAAUCUGAAAUUACAGAUUUAAAGUCAAGGUCGAUGAAUCAGAAUAUUCUUAUUCACAAUCUACCAGAAGAGGAAGAUGAGGAAAAUUUAUUUGAAAAAAUUCCCCGUCUUAUAAAGGAACAUUUUGGAGUAGACACUUCCUUCGCAAACAUUCAUAGAAAUGGGCCAAAAACUUCAGGUAAGCCUCAUAUCACUGGCAGGCUUUCAAAAUUCAGUGAUAAAGAAAAAAUUCUCCAAGCGCAAAGAGAACUAAACAAAAGAGAGCGUGAAGCCUCUGACCAGACGGAUCAGACUGCAGAACCAAAGUCACCCAAAAGAACCUUUUACGUCACGCCACAGAGACCAAUAGAAGUCGCGGAAAACCGAAAGCAACUUCAGGAAAUAAAUGAUCAGUACUGGAAAGAGAAAGUGAAGACACGAUUCGUAGGAGACAAGCUAGUAUUUCCAAAUGGAAAUGUGUACAGAGACAAAGUAUUGAAACCAAGGCCAGAAAAUAUCCUAGAUAUGACCAAAGCAGAUAAGGAAAAGCUUCAGCAGAUUCCUAUGUCUACCAUUGAGUGCUCAGACGAAGGAAAUACUUUCAAAGCAGCCGCAGCAACAUCAGAUACAUACAACCAGACAAGUCGUUACCGCAGACGUUCACCGUGGCGAACCGGUUUUGGACUCCCCCCUCCUGAUGGAAAGUCAGAUGGAUAA